GGCGGCCGGCAACUCUGAGCCUCGCAGGCCACCAGCCGCGCCAGCCUCGACCUUCCCCGGAGCGCCCUCGCCUCCGAGUCGUUGCCCGCCGGGCCGGGCCGGGCGUGAUGCGCCGAGGAACCCUCGUCCGGGCCACGGGCCGCCGCCACCGUAGCCGCUGAGACCCCGAAACCCCCACUGACGCUGCAGCCAUGGAGAGCGGCCCGGAUGCCGAGCCGGGCCUCGGCGCACCCCCAGGUAUGGCAGCCAGGACCCCCCCAGAGCCAAGACCUUCUCCAGAAGGCGACCCCUUCCCACCACCGCCACCGAUGUCAGCCCUCAUCCCCGACACUCCCCCGGAUACCCCUCCUGCCAUGAAGAACCCUACUAGCCCUAAGCAGCUCCCACUGGAACCAGAGAAUCCCUCAGAGCAGGUCGGGUGUGGGCCAGUCCCUCCACAAGAGGAGUCCCCUUCCUCUGAAGUGAAGAGCAGGGGACCCACUCCACCUGCUACAGGCCUGCGAGAUGCCAGGCCUCCUCGAAGGAGCAGCCAGCCAUCUCCAACAGCAGUGCCAACCUCCGACAGUCCCUCAACCAAGCAAGAUGCUAAGAAGGCAGGAGAGAGACACAAGCUGGCAAAGGAGCGGCGAGAAGAGCGGGCCAAGUACCUGGCGGCCAAGAAGGCAGUGUGGCUGGAGAAAGAGGAAAAGGCCAAGGCUCUGCGGGAGAAGCAGCUCCAGGAGCGCCGGAGGCGACUGGAGGAGCAGCGGCUUAAAGCCGAGCAGCGCCGAGCGGCCCUGGAGGAGCGGCAGCGGCAGAAGCUUGAGAAAAAUAAGGAGCGCUAUGAAGCAGCCAUUCAGAGGUCAGUGAAGAAGACGUGGGCCGAAAUCCGGCAGCAGCGCUGGUCUUGGGCAGGAGCCCUGCACCACGGCUCACCAGGACAUAAGACCAGUGGGAGCAGGUGCUCCGUGUCGGCAGUAAACCUGCCCAAACACGUGGACUCUAUAAUCAACAAGCGGCUCUCAAAGUCCUCUGCCACGCUCUGGAACUCCCCCAGUAGAAAUCGGAGCCUGCAACUGAGCGCAUGGGAGAGCAGCAUUGUGGACCGUCUGAUGACGCCCACUCUCUCCUUCCUGGCACGGAGUCGCAGCGCGGUCACAUUGCCCCGCAAUGGCCGGGACCAGGGUAGGGGCAGCGGCCCUGGGAGACCCCCCGCGAGGGCGAGGGCAAGGGCCGGCCUUGCACCGGGGCCGCACCCCGACCGCACUCAUCCCUCCGCAGCCGUGCCUGUGUGCCCGCGCUCGGCCUCUGCCAGUCCCCUGACACCGUGCAGCGCCCCCCGGAGCGUGCACCGCUGCGCCCCCGCGGGGGAGCGCCGCAAGCCCAGCGCUGGGGGCAGCCCGGCUCCAGCCCGCCGCCGGCCCGAGGCCUCACCGGUGCAGAAAAAGGAAAAGAAGGACAAGGAGCGGGAAAACGAGAAGGAGAAAAGCGCGCUGGCAAGGGAGCGCAGCCUCAAGAAGCGCCAGUCGCUGCCUGCCUCGCUGCGCCCACGCCUAUCCGCAGGCGCCGCCUCUGAGCUCAGUCCCAAAUCCAAGGCUCGGCCAUCCUCUCCCUCCACCUCCUGGCACAGGCCUGCCUCUCCUUGCCCCAGCUCCAGCCCAGGGCCAGGCCAUGCUCUGCCCCCAAAGCCACCAUCCCCCCGAGGAACAACUGCAUCACCCAAGGGGCGCAUUCGGAGGAAGGAUGAGUCAAAGGAGAGCCCCAGCAUGGCAGAGCCUGAGGACAAGAACCAGAGCAAGGGCAGGGCCAGUGACGAGAAGGAGUCAGCAGCCCCAGCCUCACCAGCACCCUCGCCUGUGCCCUCACCCAUACCAGCCCAGCCCCAGAAAGAGCAGCCCACAGUGGAGGCCCCUGCAGGUACUGCUGUCCUGAUCUCACCCCCAGCCCCUGCUCCCCCGGUGACCCCUAGCAAACCCAUGGCCGGAACCACAGACCGGGAGGAGGCCACUCGGCUCCUGGCUGAGAAGCGGCGCCAGGCCCGGGAGCAGCGGGAACGCGAGGAGCAGGAGCGGAGGCUGCAGGCAGAACGGGACAAGCGAAUGAGAGAAGAGCAGCUGGCGCGGGAGGCCGAGGCCCAGGCUGAGCGGGAGGCCGAGGCCCGCAGGCGGGAGGAGCAGGAGGCCAGAGAGAAGGCUCAGGCCGAGCUAGAGGAGCAGGAGCGGCUGCAGAAGCAGAAAGAGGAGGCCGAAGCUCGGUCCCGGGAAGAAGCGGAGCGGCAGCGAUUGGAGCGGGAAAAGCACUUCCAGCGCGAGGAGCAGGAGCGGCAAGAGCGCAAAAAGCGCCUGGAGGAGAUCAUGAAGAGGACUCGGAAGUCUGAAGCUGCUGAAACCAAGCAGAAGCAGGAUGGAAAGGAGACAAAAGUCAACAAUUCCAGUCCAGACCCUGUGAAAACUGUGGAGGCUCGACCCUCAGCACUGCAGAAAGAGGCUGUGCAGAAAGAGGAACUGACCCCCCAGGAAACACAGUGGAGCCUGCCAAACAAGGAGUCACCAGGGUCCCUGGUGAAUGGCCUGCAGCCUCUCCUAUCGCACCAGGAGAAUGGCUUCUCCCCCAAGGGACCCCCAGGGGACAAAAGUCUGGGCCGAACACCAGAGACACUGCUGCCCUUUGCAGAGGCAGAAGCCUUCCUCAAGAAAGCUGUGGUGCAGCCCCCGCAGGUCACAGAAGUCCUUUAGGGGUUGCACUGGAUCCAGAGCAGCUCUGAGGGCCCCUCUGCACCAUCCCCCAGGAAGUCCGGAGGAGAAAGAGACAGAACAAAGCCAGAUGUGGCCGGGGCCCCUCGGGGUGAGGCCCCUGUUGUUUUUAAUCUGCACCUUAUAGACUGACGUCUCUUUGGCCCGAGCCAGACCCUGCCCCCCAGUGCACAUGUGUGCUCACACGCACGGAAACCCCCCCCCAUACACACACAUACACUCACAGCCUCUUUGGCCUCCUCCCUUGGGGAAGGGCCGCCUGUAGUAUUUUGCCUUGGUUUGGUGGGGUACAGUGGAUGUGAAUACUGUAAAUAGCUUGUGCUCAGACUCCUCUGCGUAGAGGGGUGGGUGCAGGAAGCAGACCCUCCCCCAAGGCUCCCUGGGGAGAUCUUCCUCUCUCUAUUUAACUGUAACUGAGAGGAAACCCAGGUCUGGAGAUGGGGGUCACCUUGGGUCACAGGAUACUGGUUGCUUUAGGGGCACCCAUGCCCCCUGCCCUUGCCUGGAAUCAGUGUUAUUGCAUCUGCUCAAACUUCUCCAGAAAUAAAGUGAGAUUAAUUCCGCCCAUCCUGUCUGUCCUUGGGGUUGGCAGUGGCCUCCUAAGUUUAAAGAAGAAUUUAUGGUGCCUAGGGCUUUGGGCGUCUGUCCCAUCUGGCAAUACCGGUCCUAAGUCUCCUACCAUAUGUAUCAUCUUCCAGUUUAGUCAUGAAUUCAUUCAACAAAUAUUGUUGAGAUGUUCUGUACCAGGCAGUGGGCUACACGCAGGGAUGCAGUACAGGAACAGAUGUAACCCUGUCCUCAUGGAGUUUAUGGUCUAGUGGGUGAGUAUCGUAGAUAGUGUGGGUUGCCUAUGCAACAUCUGUUCCAUCUCCCCAUCCUCCUUCCAGAUGACCCUGAUUUUGUUCAGGUGGCCAUCUUCUUCGUCAGUGCCAUCUUGUGCUACACUGGAGGUGGAUCCUAGCCCCAGGAGUGAACCAUGGCUGUGAUGAGCCAAAAACAAUGGCCUGAAACCCCUCAUUAGUGGCUGGUUUAGGUAUGGGCACAUGACACAAUUCCAGCCAACAGACAUGAAGAGAAGCCUCCUGGGGGCUCCUAGGAAACGCUUCUUCACAUUUGAAAAGAAAUACAAUGUGGUAGCCAACCCUAAGUUGAUCCCCAAUAACCCCUGCCUCCUGGCAUUUACACCCUUGUGUAGUUGCUUCUCACUUUGCACCAGAGUUGGGCCGAGCGACCAGUAGAAUACACUAAAGUGGGGCUGUGUCACUUCCAGGUUUAGGUUAUAAAACAUACUGCAGGCACUCGGACUCAGUUGCUCUCUCGCACUCGGAUCACUCGCUAUGGAAAAAGACAACUGCUAUAUUGUAAGCAACCUAUGGAGAGGCUCAUAUAUCGAGGAACUGAAACCUUCUGCCAGUAGCUACGUGAAUAAGCUUGGAAUAAGCUCCAGCCCUGGUUACACCUUCAGAUGACUGCAGCCCUGGCCAACACCUUGACUGCAGCCUCAUGAGAGAUCCUGAGCCAGAACCAACCAGCUAAGCUGCCCCAGGAUUUAUAACCCUCAGAAACUGUGAGAUGAUAGAUGUUUUAAACUGCUAAGUUUGGGGAUAAUUUGUUACACAGCAAUAGUUAACUAUACACAUAAUGAGGAGAAAGCCCUGCUCGUACGAGGUCUGGAUGUGAUACCUGGAAUUGCUCCAUCCAUCCUGCUAACCAACCUGAGGCCAAAGCCAGUGUUAAGGAUGGCACAGCAGAGAGAUGGGGAGAACCGACGUCCUUGAAGACAUCCUUGAGCUGCUGAACCAAGCAAUCUGAAAACCAGUUGUGCCUCUGGAGCUGUCAUUACCUGAAAUAAUAGCUUGCCUUAUUGUUACAGCCUCUGUGACUUGGACUUUGUGUUAUCUGUGGCCAAAAUCAUUCUAACUCAUAAGGACACAGACAAUAAACGAAUAUUUAAGUA